ACUCCGUCCUCCACGUGCAGCGCGUAAACACCAAAAAUUUUGACAAUUUCGAGCAUUUAAAUCGCUUUCGCAAUGGCCGACGAUGCCGGCCAGGACAAGCGCAAGCAGCACCGCGCCCGCCAGUCCGGCGUUAAAGCGGACAAGAAGAAGCUAAAGGCCAAGAAAGAUUCAAACCAAAAGGAUCCCGAAUUGACCGCCAGGCAGAGAAAUCCAAAGGCGUUCGCUAUAAACUCGGCGCAGCGGGCAGAGAGGAACUUCCGUCGCAAGGAAGACCUCACUGCCAAGAAGCAGCACAUUCCGGUUGUCGACCAAACGCCGGACGUACCGCCACCCGUGCUAAUUGCCGUGGUGGGUCCGCCCAAGGUGGGCAAGACUACGUUGAUCAAAAAUUUGAUCAAGAGCUUUACCCGCACGAAUGUCACCGAAAUCAAGGGCCCUAUCACCAUAGUGACCUCCAAGAAGCGGCGUAUCACCCUGCUGGAGUGCAACAACGACGUUAACUCCAUGAUCGAUGUGGCCAAGUGCGCCGAUUUGGUCCUGCUCCUUUGCGACGCAAGCUACGGGUUCGAAAUGGAAAUCUUCGAGUUCCUGAACAUCUGUCAAGUGCACGGAAUGCCGAAGAUUAUGGGCGUGCUUACCCACCUGGACAUGAUCAAGAACCCCAAGCAGCUGCGAAAGCGCAAGAAAGAGCUGAAGCACCGCUUCUGGACGGAGGUCUACGACGGCGCCAAGCUGUUCUAUCUCUCGGGCCUCCUCCACGGCGAGUAUCUACGCAACGAGGUCAAGAACCUGGGACGCUUCAUCUCGGUGAUGAAAUUCCGACCACUGCAGUGGCGCGGAGCACAUAGCUAUCUGCUGGUCGAUCGCGUGGAGGACGUCACCAACACGGAUCGCAUCCGCCGGGAUCCCAAGUGUGAUCGAGAGGUGGUGCUGUAUGGUUACGUUCGAGGAGUUCCCCUCAAGCAGGAGCACAUGGUGCACAUCGCUGGACUGGGUGACGCACGCAUCGAUGAGCUGAGCGCCAUUCCCGAUCCUUGUCCGCUGCCGGGAACCGAAAAGAAGCGCAGUCUUCUCGAGAAGGAGCGCUUGCUAUACGCCCCCAUGUCGGGAGUGGGUGGAAUAGUGUAUGACAAGGAUGCCGUGUACAUUGAGCUGCAGGGAUCGCACUCGCACAAGGUGCAGGAGCAAACUGCCGAGGCCGCCGAACAGGCGGAACUGGUCAGCAAGCUCAUCGACAAGAAGGCCACAAUCGAUGAGCAGAUGGAGCAGCAGGAGUUCCGUCUCUUCUCCGAUGCCCAGCCCAUCAAGUCAAAGGACUUUCGCAAUGAUGAAGGCGAGGAAGAAGAAGAAGAUGGGGAAAGCAGCGAAGAUGAGGAUGAAGAGGGCGAGGAUUCUGGUCUCGAUGCAGCUGAUAGUGAGGAUGAAGAGCAGGAUGAGUUUGCUACGGACGAUUGGCGUGGCGAGAAUAGCGAUGAGGAGGAAGAUCCAGAGGAGGAAGAUGCCUCUUCUGGCGACGAGGAGUACCAAAGCCUGGGCAAUGUGAAGACCGCCAAUGAAUCGGAUUCGGACGACGAGGAGGCUCGCGUCCUGGCCAGCAACAUGAGCUGGAAGACUAAUCUGGCCCAAAAGGCCCGCGAUGCCUUCCUACAACGCCAUUCGGAGUCCAAGAACCUGAUGCGCCUCGUCUACGGAGUUUAUAAUCAGAGUGAGCGCAGCCGACAGGAGGCGGAAGCGGAAGAAAACGAAGACUCCGAGGAGGAGCUGGGCGGCCUCUUUCGGGUGGCGGCAAAGAAACAGAGCCAGCAGCAAUCGGACAAGGACAUCAGGGACAAGGACGAGCGCUGUUUCUUCGAGUAUCAGGGUGAUGCCACUCGCGAUUGGCUAGCGGAGGACAACAAGCAGCUGAUUAAGAACUGCUUUGUUACCGGCAAGUGGAAGGCCAGCGAGGAUGCAGAGAAUCUGCUGAAGAUGGACGACAUGAGCGACGCCGAGAGCGAGGUGUACGGUGACUUUGAGGAUCUGGAGACGGGCGAGCAGCAUAGCGGCAAACCCAAGACAGAAGGCGAUGGAGAAUCGGAUGAAGAGAGCGCAAAGCCUGAGGAGUCCACAGCAGCCAAGCGAAAGCUGACCCGCGUGGAGGAGGAGAACCUCACGAAGGCCGAGCUGAUGGCCAAGAAACUGAAGCUGAAGGCCAAGUUCGAUGCGGAGUACGACAACAGUGGCGAGGGAAAGGGCGAGGAGGACACCGGUCGCAUCACCGGCGACCACUCCUUCUACGAGGACCUCAAGGCGGAGGCUCAGCGCCAGAGCGAGCUGAACAAGAGCGAGUUUGCCCACCUGGACAACGAGUUCCGCAUCCAAAUCGAAGGCUAUCGACCGGGCCUGUACGUCCGUCUGGGCUUCAAGCAGCUGCCCGCUGAGUUUGUGGAGAACUUCGAUGCCAGCUAUCCCGUGCUGGUCGGCGCCCUUAAUCUUACAGAGGAGAACGUGGGCUAUGUCAACUGCAAGGUGAAGAAGCAUCGCUGGUACAAGAAGAUCCUUAAGACGGGCGAUCCCCUGAUCAUCUCGAUGGGCUGGCGUCGCUUCCAAACGGUGGCCAUCUAUGCCAAGGUGGAGGACAACUUCCGGCAGCGCUAUCUCAAGUACACACCCAACCACGUCACCUGCAGCAUGACCUUCUGGGGUCCGAUCACGCCGCAGAACACGGGCUUCUUGGCCCUGCAGACGGUGCGUCAGGAUCAGGAGGAGAUGCGGCGACUGGGCUUCCGGAUAGCGGCCACCGGCUGCGUUACCGAGCUGGACAAAUCCUCGCAGAUCAUGAAGAAACUCAAGCUGGUGGGCCACCCUUUCAAGAUCUACAAGAAGACGGCCUUCGUAAAGGACAUGUUCAACUCCUCGCUGGAAGUGGCCAAGUUCGAGGGAGCCAAGAUCAAGACGGUCUCCGGCAUCCGUGGUCAGAUCAAGAAGGCUCAUCAUACACCCGAGGGUUCCUAUCGCGCCACAUUCGAAGACAAGAUCCUGAUGAGCGACAUAGUCUUUUGCCGCACGUGGUUCCGCGUGGAGGUUCCACGGUUCUAUGCACCUGUAACUUCGCUUUUGUUGCCGCUGGAGCAGAAGAGCCAGUGGCAGGGCAUGAAGACGCUGGGUCAACUGAAGCGAGAGAGGGCAAUGCAGAAUGCCGCCCAGCCGGAUAGCAUGUAUACGGAGGUCGUGCGGAAGGAGAAGAUCUUCCGGCCACUCACCAUACCGAAGGCUCUUCAGCGUGCGCUGCCGUACAAGGACAAGCCGAAGUUCGGACCGGAGAACCCCAAAAAGCCCUUGGAACGGGUGGCCGUGGUCCUCUCGCCGUACGAACAGAAGGUGGCCAAGAUGAUGAAGAUGAUCGAGACGAACUACAAGGACAAGCUCCACCGCGAGCGCGUGGAGAUGAAGAAGCGCAUGAAGAACUACCGCGAGAAGAAGCGCGAGAAGAUGGCCUCCAAGGAGCGGCGCCAGAAGGAGCUGCGCAAGAAGGUAUCGCGGGCCAUCAGCAAGAUGCGGGGAAAGCAAUCUGCCUGAUUGGUUUAGGGGAUAAUUGAACUUCUGACAAAUCGUUUGUAUGGAAAGGUCUUAGAUAUUCUGCUGUAUAAAAUAUAGGUAACGAAAAAUAAAAUGUUUUUUAUGAUUAAAAGGAAA